AUGGAAAAGCACGAUAGAGAGGUUCUUCCUGUAGUGUCUCCGACAUCAAGUCCCGAGGAUGAUUGUUUUACCUACUCAGGACAUGAACUUCUUGUGAUCGAAUCAUCAGAACAAUGCUCCAGCUACACAGAAGCUGUGGAUGACCAUAUAUCUGAUUCCUGUUCACUUCCUACAUCGCAACAACAAACACUGGAAGAUUUGGAAAAUCCCCAGACCGAAGAUGUCAAAUUGUUUUUCUCCGAAUCCAAUCGUGGUCCCUUUAGGGACACGUCAACCUUGGAAUACAUGAAUCAGCUUCAGCGCGAUACAUCAGAGGCACCCUACGUAUCGUUGGUGAGUAAGGCUCCUCGUGAGGUUCAGUCUAACGGAAGUGUCCUUGAACGACUUCGUAAAUUGCAACGUCGUUUGAAUUCCGAUCGCUCAAUUUGGCUCCAUCAACGCGCAUUAUCCGGAAACGAAGGUAGAGAUACCACACUAUUUCGAAUAGACUUGAAUCAGCAUUUCCAGUCGGUUGGAAUUCCAGGAGUGGUUGGUUUCCGUGCUACUUUAAUGGAACCUCCCGGAGAAUCUCUAGGAGCAAAUGCGGUCCAAGAGAAAAACGAAAUCGCAUCUCGGAUGAAACCUGUCAUUCUUUUUUUGCCAGUUUCCGGUGUGCAUUGUCGUUCGGGUCCACUUGAUCGGGAUUCCACAGUUUUACUUGGGGAUACGAUAAAACCGGGUGAUGUCUUGCGUGCCUUUUCACCGUGGUGA